AUGGCUACUGCAACAGCUACCCGUACCCUUUCCAAGGCUGUCGCACGCAGCACAGCCUCGGCCACCUCGUCCCUCCGCCUUGCCGCUCGCUCCUCGAGAUCGAAUGCUGCCGCAAAACAGUUCUUUCAGCAAUCCUCCCGACGCCACUACUCCUCCGAGUCGACUCCCAAAUCCUCAAACGCGACCACCAUCCAUGGCGGUGUAGCGGCCGUCGCCGCGCUCGCAGGAGGCUACUAUUACUUCAGCACUCAAGACACGGCUGGGCAGGGAAAGACGAUUCGUCUGGAGAGUGCCCCCGGGGCUCUGAAAAAGGGCAGCGCAGGACAGUCGGCCGGCGUGUUUAAGCCCACCGCCGAGGAUUACCAGAAAGUCUACAACGCCAUUGCGAAGGAGCUGUGGGAGAAAGAUGACUAUGAUGAUGGUAGCUAUGGUCCUGUUCUCUUGCGUCUCGCAUGGCAUGCAUCUGGAACCUACGACGCUGCCACAGGCACUGGGGGCAGCAACGGUGCAACGAUGCGGUUUGCCCCGGAGUCCGAGCACGGCGCCAAUGCCGGCCUGAAGAGUGCCCGAGACUUCCUCGAGCCCAUCAAGGAACAAUUCCCCUGGAUCUCGUACUCGGAUCUGUGGACUCUGGGUGGUGUCUGUGCCGUCCAAGAGAUGUCGGGCCCCAUUGUCCCCUGGAGACCCGGCCGACAGGACCGGGACGUUGCAUUCUGCACACCGGACGGCCGCCUGCCCGACGCGUCCAAGGGCCAAGACCACAUCCGCGCCAUCUUCGGCCGCAUGGGCUUCAACGAUCAAGAAAUGGUGGCCUUGUCCGGCGCCCACGCCGUGGGUCGAUGCCACGCGGACCGCUCUGGAUUCGACGGACCCUGGACUUUUUCACCGACCGUCUUCACCAACGACUUCUUCCGCCUGCUCAUGGAAGAGAAGUGGGGAUGGCGAUCCUGGAAAGGACCAAAACAAUACGAGGACGCCACGACCAAGUCUUUGAUGAUGUUGCCCACGGACGUUGCCUUGAUCAAGGACCCGAUCUUCAAGCAGUGGGUGGAGAAAUACGCCAAGGAUGGAGACUUGUUUUUCAAGGACUUUUCGGAUGUCCUGUGCAAGAUGUUCGAAUUGGGCGUGCCCUUCCAGUCGAAGCCCGAGGACAGGAUCCAGUUCAAGCCCACCAUCAACGAGUAG